UUCUCUGUAUUAUUUGGUUAUCUAAAAUCCUUCUCUGUCCUUUGAAGUAAGUCGCAGUUCCUCUGGAAGCGCACGAUUCAGUCACCCUGUGGUUUAGCUGUCUCGUGUCUGUAUCCUGUCUGUGGCAGGAAGGAGAUGCAAUAGAUAAUGUGACGUCAGUGCAAACAAGGCACUUUCUCACUGACUGGGAGCACUGGGAUCAAAGUUCAAAUCUGCAGCGAAGGCAGGAGGGUCAUUUCAGUGUGCAAGUCACCUUUCACUGUCACCUUUCACUGUCACUGUUUGCUGUAAGAGAAUUUUUUUCUUAAAGAAGCAACUGGUUGUCAGAGACGUACAGAACUUCUUAAGCAUUCUUGGUUGUUUUGAAGGGUUUUCUGUCUCGAGUGUCACUUUGAUCCCCCUGCUUGGCCUGGAUAAUUCUGGAUUUGUGAGAACUCGCAUCCGGACUCCUCUUGUGGCUGUAUUUCUGGAGUUUACAUCUGGCCUGAAUGGAAUGUUUGGCCAUCUGUAUCUCCAGAUGUGUGUGGAUGCUGGACUAAGACCAGCAUACUGUGAAUGACACACACACAUACACACACACACACACCCACCCACACCCCUGUACGGUGGAUUUAAGGGACCUUAAUACAUUUACUCAGCUGAGGCUCACAGACAGAUCCAGACUGAUCAAUGGAGUGCUUAUGUGGGCAGGCAGCUGGUUUCCACGAAGAUCAGACCUGUAACGAGAGUCCAGUAGUGAUCUCCUCCUAUGCCUCACAGUUAGAACUAGGCUGCAUGGAUGGAGGAGGAGGAGGCAAUUAUGACAUAGUGAACAAUGCUGUGAUCUCAACACCCGGGCCGCAAAACCACAGAGCCCAAAAUGUGUCCUUACGGCAAAGCUGGGAAAUGAACUACCAAGAGGCAGCCAUCUACCUGCAGGAGGGAGAGAACAAUGAUAAGUUCUUCACCCACCCUCGAAACCCAAAGGCACUGGCGGCUUACCUGUUUGCCCACAACCACCUGUUCUACAUGAUGGAGCUGCUGACAGGCCUGCUGCUGAUGAUGCUGUCGCUGUGUGAAGCUCCCGCCGUGCCCUCACUGCGUCUGGAUGUCUACGUCCACGCCACUUUGGAGCUGCUGGCUUUGGUUAUGGUGGCGUUUGAGCUAUGCAUGAAACUUCGCUGGUUAGGCUUCCACACCUUCAUACGACACAAGAGGACAAUGGUGAAGACGUGCGUGUUGCUGCUACAGUUUGUGGAGGCCAUAGUGGUUCUUAUCAGACAAACGUCUCACGUGCGAGUGACCAGAGCUCUCAGACCAAUUUUCUUGGUAGACUGUAGAUACUGUGGUGCUGUGCGCAGAAACUUGCGUCAGAUCUUCCAGUCCCUCCCACCUUUUAUUGACAUCCUCCUGCUGCUGCUCUUCUUCAUGGUUAUAUUUGCGAUCUUGGGUUUCUGCCUCUUCUCUCCAAACACCUCUGACCCGUACUUCAGCACUCUGGAGAACAGCCUCGUCAGUCUGUUUGUGCUGCUGACCACAGCAAAUUUCCCUGAUGUGAUGAUGCCAGCGUACUCCAAGAACCGCUGGUCCUGUGUUUUCUUCAUUGUUUACCUCUCCAUAGAGCUGUACUUCAUCAUGAACUUGCUCUUGGCAGUAGUGUUUGAUACGUUUAACGAUGUGGAGAAGAUGAAGUUUAAAUCUCUUUUGCUCCACAAACGCUCAGCUAUUGACCACGCCUUUCAGCUGUUAGUUAGCCGACAGAGGCCGAUGGGCGUGUCGCUGAAACAGUUUGAUGGUCUGAUGCGAUUUUACAGACCUCGGAUGUCUGCAAGGGACCGCUUUCUCACAUAUAAAUUGCUAAACACCUCAGGGGCUCCUAUGCUCAGUUUACAGGACUUUUAUAAGUUCUAUGAGGUCACUGGUCUUAAAUGGAAGGCACGACGCAGUGGAGAACACUGGUUUGAUGACCUUCCGCACACGACCUUCCUCAUUUUCAAAGGCAUCAACUUGCUUGUGAAGUCCAAGGCCUUCCAAUAUGCCAUGUAUGCUGUGGUGGCCAUCAAUGGUGUGUGGAUCCUCGUGGAGACGUACACGCUGAAUAGUGGGUUUUCCUGGUCCAGAUUUGUCCCCUGGAGUUACAUUGUUUUCCUUACCAUUUAUGGUGUAGAGGUGUUAUUGAAAAUCACAGGUUUGGGACCGAUGGCUUAUUUCAGCUCUGGGUGGAAUCUGUUUGACUUCUCAGUGACAGUGUUUGCCUUCCUGGGCCUGAUUGCUCUUGCCUUCAAUAUGGAGCCAUUUUAUUUUAUUGUGGUUCUCCGACCACUUCAGCUGCUCCGGUUGUUUAAGAUAAAGCAGAGGUAUCGUAAUGUGUUGGACACCAUGUUUGAGCUCUUCCCCAGGAUGGCAAGUCUGGGAUUGACCUUAAUUAUCUUCUACUACUCCUUUGCCAUUGUGGGGAUGGAGUUCUUUGCAGACGUGGUUUACCCCAACUGCUGCAACACCAGCACAGUGGCAGAUUCCUACAAACAGAUCAACACCACCUUUGGCAACAAAACAGUGUUGGAAGAAGGCUAUUAUUAUCUGAAUAACUUCAACAACAUUCUCAGCAGCUUUGUGACUCUGUUUGAACUGACUGUGGUCAAUAACUGGUACAUCACCAUGGAAGGAGUCACUUCUAUGACGAGCCACUGGAGCCGGCUCUACUUCAUGACCUUUUACAUAGUUACCAUGGUGGUGAUGACCAUCAUUGUGGCGUUCAUUCUGGAUGCGUUUGUGUUCCGCAUGAACUACAGCCGCAAGAACCGGGAACCACUGGACAACCUAGAGGAUGAGAACGGGAUAGUGUUUGAAGUAGAAGUGAGUCGUGAUGAAGCUCUAGCCACUCUGGAGUUGUACAAACAGACCUGCCCAGGGCUGUCCUCCCUCAGCUCUCUACUGGGAGUCCUGCAAGCCAUGGACAGGGGUGGGCACUUGUCACUGGUGUACCAAGGUCGUAGGUCCAGAACAAAGAGCGACCUCAGCAUAAAAAUGUAUGAGGAGGAGAUUCAGGAGUGGUAUGCAGAAUACUCAAGGGAAAACCUUCCUCAGCCAGACCAAAGCCCGGAGCGGGAUGUGGACAGUCCUGUCUCUGACCAGUCUUCCUUCCCAGAGCCUCCGCUCAACUCACAGACAGGACCUCACAGCAUCAACUAACGCACAGUUUGCUAGUAGUACAUGUGCACCACUAAGCUUUUUUUUUUUUUUUUUUUUUAAAUUCUAAGAAGCCCCAUCAGUCCAAGUCUUGUCACAGUCUUUGCCACAGUGUGAAACUAGUCCAGGAUCUUGUGGACUAAUACGAGCAUGAGAGGAGUUAAUGACGCUUGGAGCUACAGACCAGUGAAGUGGGAUUGCUGCCCUCUUUUGGCCUUUUCAAAGACUGCAGCAAAUAUUACCAGAGAGUCGGUACUACUACAGUAUGUUGUGUACUAUGUGUAUACUGCUGUAAGCCUUUUGUAAGCUCCCAUGUAGUACUUAAACCUGAUGCCUUAGUUCUAUGGCACAUCUGAUCAGUAUUAACACAGUCACUACUUCUACUAAGCGCUCUGAAGAGCGAAAGUAUGAAGAAUUACACUCCUCUUAGCUAAACCCAACAACACAAUUACAGUGUAUCUCCUAACUAAUGUCUCAACAGACUAAAUAUUUUACUUUUAUAUAACUUCUUAAUCUGUAAUGUAUUAAAGUUAGUUAAUAAGGGUUUUUAUUAAACUGUUCAACUUG